ACUCUCAAAUGAAAAAAAAAGGGAAUGCUUUCAGUUAAAAAACGUUUUCCACCACAGUUUUUAGAUGAUGUUUUCCAAAAUUAUCUCAUCAACAACAGAUUCUGAUCUAAAAUAAGCUCACAGUUUCUAUGGCAGCAGCAGCACUUAAACUAUCUCCUUGCUCAGAUCUCCAACCACAGUACCAGCGCUUCCGAACCGAAUUAAAACCCACCAAAGUUCAAUCCUUUAACUCAUCUAGAAACCCUCUUCUUCCCCUCCGCAAACUCCAUCGUCACGGCUUCAAAUGCUGUCUCCCUUCUUCUUCCUCCUCCACCAACUGCAUCGCUCCCACUCACUACUUCUCCUUCCUCGACGAACCCUUAAGGGGAAGCCGCGUUUUAACAAACGAAGAGCUCGAAAAGUUCAAAACUUUGGAGUCUUUCGUCUAUCUUCAACAGUUGGAAUCUGGGUCGUUGUGGGUUCGGGUCAUGAGGACCGAGGAAAUGGAUUUGACCGUCGGGUUGUUGGCUUUGUCAUUCGCCGAGUCAGUGUUCAUGUCUUUGCAGUACGAGGCUUUGUUGAGAUUCUUCGUGAAACAGUAUUUGAUGGAGAGGAGAGCUUCCAUGCCACAUGCUGUCACUCUAGUUGGGUUCUAUAGAGAGGACGGUGGGAAGAGAGGAGAGCAACUGGCUGGAACAGUGGAGGUUUGCUUCGACAAAAGGGGUGCUAAUGCUUCUCCUCCUACACCUACAGCUCCUAAGAAUUCUCCAUAUAUUUGUAACAUGACUGUCACAAAGGAGCUUAGAAGGAGGGGGAUUGGUUGGCAUCUUCUCAAAGCAAGUGAGGAGCUAAUAUCUCGAAUGACUUCUUCAAAAGAGGUGUACUUGCAUUGCAGAAUGAUCGAUGAGGCUCCAUUCAACAUGUACAUAAAAGCAGGAUACAAUGUUGUUCAAACGGACAGUAUAUUUAUCUUGCUGACAUUACAGAGACGUAAGCAUUUGAUGUGCAAGAAACUCCCGGUUUCUACCAGUUUCUCAGAGUCAGAUAUGUUGGAAUCCGGUGAGGAACAUCUCUCAUAAAUGUAUAAGUUGAAAUCAUACUGUAAUCAUACCCGUUUGAGAUAAGAGCUGUUCGAGUCACACAUAAAACCCAUUUUUUUUUACUGAAACUCUUACUCCCGCUUCUCCUUUU